AUGAUUCCGGCUGCUGGAACCAGGCUGGCGAUUGUGACUGUGUUACUAGCACUGCAAACGCUCAUCCUCGUACUUGAACUUCUCAUUUUCAACUCCACCGUUAAAGCGCGGAGGUGGUACACGCCUAUACGACAAUGGUUCGGUCCCAUCGGCAUAGCCUUGCUAGCAGUGGUCUUGGUCCCCGUAACAUUCGCACACCCGACUGCGUCUAUCGAGAAGGCAGGUACGCAGUGCAGCAUCGAUGUGGACGCUGAUAUCGCUGGCGAAGGGGUCCGUAUCGCGGCAUUCGCGCAGGUGUGUGUACUGAUUCUCGUGUCGCUGCUGGGUAGCUUCCACCCCAAGGCGACCGGGUCGAAAGAAGUCGGUGCCGGGCUAGCCUUGACCAGCGUGUCGCUGGCUAUAGCAUUAAUGGUCCGUAUGAGACGCGGCACUUUGACCCCCGUGGAUGCCGCAGUCAGCGCGAUGAUUCUUGAUGGACAGAGCAUGGCCCAAUCGAUUCAACUCGCGGCGAAAGAGACUCUUACAUCACGCUGGCAGGUGGGCAUCGCUGUGUCGGCGCAAUUCAUUGGACUUGGGACCAUAUCCGCCAUCGUCGCCGGGCUCAAUGAUAGGUCUUAUGCGUCAAACAACUGCAGUUGUCUGACGGUCUUCUGGUGGGGUUGGCUUGGUAACUGCCAGCCUACUCAAUCACCGCUUGAGCCUGUCGUAUUCUGGACGUACAUUGCGUGUCGAUUUGUGUGCGUUAUUCAGAUGUCAAUGCAUGCUAUUUUGAACACGGUGUCGUUCGACCGUGCUGAGAAAGACACCCGCGACACAGGAGAUGUACGAAAGAAGCUCGGCGGAACGCUCCUCAAUAUCACAUAUCCGCAUUUCACCAAGCGUGGUAGCGCCCGCUACGGCGAGUAUCCCGCAACAGUGACGUUUAUGUAUGUCUUUUAUGGCGUUCUUGCGCUAACAUCACUGAUUACUGCCGAGACUACCAUUCGUGACCAUCAACUGCACCCUUCUUCCGGCAUCGAUUCGACCGGCCAAGUCAUUGCUCUGGUCAUUGCCGCUAUUACCGUCCUUCGCGCUGGCUGGUUGUUCGUCUUCAUGUUUUGGCACGAUGACUCGGGGAUGCGCGGUUUGACAAAUCCCUUUAAGCUGCAGCAGUCUAGGUUUUCCAGCGCUCCGGUUUAUAUUCAUACUUCCGACUAUACUCGUUCACCAGGUUCCAUACCUCUAGGGAGCUUGCUUAUGGAUCCAUUCGACUUGAACUCCAAGUAUGACAACCAUAUCCCUGUAUCACCAGAGGAUCAAAACACAAUUGGGACACCUAACUGGUCUGUGGGAAAGCACCAUGGUCGCCGCCGGGAUUGUCAAUUCGCCUCAAGCGUUUAUUCUGCAUUCUCCAACCAAUCAGAGACUGCGCAAGCUGAACUCAUGGAAGUUUCAACAUUUAUUCCCUCAGCAGACUACUUAAGUCAAUGUGCCGCACAACCGGAAAUACGAAAUGACUUCGGGGCUGGCACGAUGUCCGUCACAGUUUACGUGGUCGUUGGCCUAAUGAUCGCUACCGGGCUAAAGGUUAGCAAGACGAAAUCAAAAGGCACCUCAGUUGAGAUGUCGGCACCUGGAUCAGCCUCAGCGGGUUUUUCGCGGCAGCACGACGAGGAAUCGAAUCAUUCACCAGAGGGGACCGUAAUAUAUGCUUACAGUGUUCAAGAAGUCACGUUGCGGGGCGACCGAAAUGCAAAUCCAAACGAACCAGACGAACCAGACAAAGUGGGACAAAGUGGACGGACGAAGGUCUGA